GUGCAUAGUCGGCUAAACGCGACACAAAGAUCGGCAGAAAGAAUUAUGUUACGCUUAAUAUUAUGGUUAACCAUUUUAAUAGCUGUGAUUUUGUGUGCUGAUUUACAAGUUGAAUAUCCCUAUUGUUUUCGCUUUACAUGGAUUGGUCCAUAUCAGGAUAAGAAGAAUAUUGCCGGUUUGACUUGUGAGCACUUGCGUGAAGAUUUCAAGAAUGUGCCAUGUCGACGACCCUUGGUGGCCACUGAUAACGAUGCCAUACCAGAUACAGUCGAUUUGUGGCGAAAUAAUUUCAAGCAACCAAAUGCAUUUGGCUGUCCAAUGGUGCCCGGUGAGGCAUGCGUGAAAUAUACAUAUAUCUAUAAUAAAGGCGUGCAAAACAUAACCUACAUGUGUGCUAAAGUCAAUGCUACCAACGGUUGUUAUCGGCAGAAGUACAUAUCCGGUUUGGAGGUAGAGGUUUGUGUCUGUGAUUCGGAGCUGGGUUCGAUACCUUGCAAUCGUGCGUCGGUGACAAUACAAAAUUUAAGCAAAAAUAAUAUUUUUGGUCUGCUACUAAGUGCGCUUUUGUGUGUUUGGCUUAAAUAUAUGUAGCUAUAGUAUAAAUUAUUCUUUUUUUU